AAUUGACGUCUCUUUAACAAAUUGUGUUUUGCGCAAUUUCGCAUUAAUAAUAAAAACAAAAUUUAAAACGCAUAUUAAGUUUAACAGUUUAGUGAAAACUAUUGCAAAAUUUUAGUGUUGUAGGCAUGUCAAAUUUUUUUGAGAAAAUCAAAUCAUUUUUAGGCUUUCAUGUUGAACCACCUAGAAAUGAUUUUCGUAAUCCAAUUUGGGGUACAGACGAUGAUGACGACGGCGAUGAACUAUACGCUCGAAAUCAAAUAGAAAUUUACAAAGACCCUUUAGAAUUACAGCAAGAAAUUACUCGUCACAUGCAAGAUAUAUUCAAGUCCUUUGGCAGUAUGUUUGGGGACAUGAAGUUUUUCUUUCACGACGAUCCAAUAAAUUCCUUUCCGUCAAUCACCGAUGCUCAAGAAGAUCCGGAGGUAGAGAAUUUUGACAGCAAUAGAAUCAGAGACUAUUAUCUUAAACCUGGCUACCAUAUUCCAAAACAUGAUAACAUCAAAGAAGAUGUGGAUCUAGAUGGCAGAGUAAGUUCAAACGAUAUAUCCGACCUCUUUAGAAGGAAGCAAGAUGGCCAAAACAUCAUGCCAGACAAUCAAUUCAAUGGUAAUAUGGUACCUGGUAGGUCAUUCUGUCAGACAAUCAUAACAACUAGUAUAACCAAACCUGAUGGGACAGUUGAGACAAAGCGGAUUGUUAAAAAUGGCCAUGAAGUUGUUGAAGAGACAAUAACAACAACAGAACCAUCAGGUAUUAACCCUGUUGCAUCAUCACAGUUCGUGCUUCCAGAAAUAUCCUUGCUGUUGAGAAAGUUUUUUGAAUACUAGUAGUUUUAUUACGGCAUAAAAUUUUAUUAAAUGUCUAAUGUAUCAAAAUUCAAGAAAUGUUUGUUUACAGUUAGUGAGAUAUAAUAGUCAUUUAAAAGUGUUAGAUAUUUAUUUUGUAUUAGUGUCUUAUUCCAAUAUGAGAUAACCUUUAUUACUUUGAAAUAUAUUAUAAAAUGUAAUUUUGCAGAAAAAAUUAUUUAAUUAAGUAAAUUUUUUGACAGCA